UUUCUCAGUCGUUCAGUAACCAUCGUAUGGUUCGUAACGCUAUUCCAUUUCGCUUGUUAGACGUCGUUUAUUUUAGUCAAUUUUAUUUGCCAAUUAGUCUGCAACAUAAAAUCACAGCUUGUAAGACACGAAACGCGAUUACUGAUUUAAUGUAAUUUAAUGAAUUGUUGUCUGAGAUUUGUGAUUUCUCGGUGUGUUUAAUCAAUAUACCACACUGGAUUUUGUGAGCCAAUGUGGUUGUCUCCUUUUUUAUUUAAUUUGAAGUUCAACUGCUUCGAAAUAAAUAAAAACAAAUUGGAUAUGUUGCUAUAACCACCAAUGCAUUGUAACGUUAUUAUACGCGUAUCAUAACAAUAUUAUGAUCGUUUCAUGUGUGCUCGUCGAUUUUUAGCACUCGAAACGUUCCCUUUAAAAAGUAUAAGCUUUCAAAUAUAUAUAUUACUUCGAAACAGCAUAUCCACUAAAAACUUACACCAGGCAUCGUUGCAGCUUUAAGCGUUCAACGCUCAUUAUGUGCAUCUAGUGUUCAUGACAGCGAUAUUAUUUCAUGAUAUAGUGUGUUGAGUGCAGCAUAUAAAUAUAAAUAAAAGGAAAAAUCACAAAAAUAAAACAUUUCACCUACAUAAUAAUUGAGAGAAGAAGAGGAGAAAAAAAAACUCAUUAAUUGCGCUCACAUAGAAUACGACAACGAAGAUGGAAAAUACUCUGAAAUAAGCGAUAUGGAUAAAGAACAAUCACAAGCCCGAUAUGAUCCACGACUACUGUCUGAAGAUGUUAGCGGAUAUCAUUCACAGUCGGGUAAUAUUGGUGCAUCGUCUUGCUACAAUGCAAAUGUACGCUAUUUGCACGGACAGAAGAUUUCCAGGGUAGAUCCGUGCGAGAUUUGUCUUUGCGUUGAUGGGGAAAUAUUUUGCUGGUGGAAGAAAUGUGAACAUCAUCUACGAAAACCACCAAAAAAGCCAAAACACCACAACCACCGAAAGCAGCAGAAUGCAUGGCUGAAAGGAAUACCACAAAGUGUUGUUAAUUUCCCCCAACAUCUUCCAACCCAUUUACUAAACGAAAACGUUGAUGUCGAAGCCCAAAACAAUAAUACCGUCAUUUCAACAAAAAUAUCAGCUUCACCGAUUAGUGUAAUAAAUGCGAUGGAUGAUUCACCCUCAUCGACGAUACCAGAGAAUAUAUUCAAUGCGAAUGACACUAACGAACCGAAUGAACAUCAAACGUCAAAUGACAUGAACGAUAAAUUGAGGAUUAUUACGGCAAAUCCUAUUAUAAUAGACAAUAAAAUAACGGUUGAAGCGCGUAACAGUAAUGACGAAAAAGGUUAUUACGAAAAAACAAUAAUCAACAAAAACGGUGUCUUCAUUGAAAAUAUCCGAAAAAUUGCCAACGUCGCCGAUGAGAAUACUCUGAACGAUGAUGUGGAAAAUGAAAAUAUCAACCGAAAGCGAAUUGAAUUAAUGAACGUACCGUUAUCGCAACACUAUGUGAUUACAUCGUCUGGGAAAAUUGAAAAGACCGAUACGUUGGCAAGCGACGAUGUAAUCGCACAAUUUCGUGAUGGCCUUAACGACUUUCAAACAUCUCCCAAGCCAGUAAUAUCGAGUACAAUCGGUGUUACAGGUGCACAAACGACUGAACUUAAUGAUGGACCUAAAGCGACUACAACGACAACAACUGCAGCUAUUAACGCCCAUUCGGAAUGUAUUGUGAUGGGUAAGACAUACAAAGUGGGCACAAUACUACCACAAGAAACCGGUAACUGUUUACAAUGCGUAUGUACACAAGGCAGUGACAGUGAAGGACCCAGAGUCACCUGCAGUCCACACAACUGUCCACCACUCAUACUACCCGAUCUAUUCGAUGCCACCGGUUAUUAAAAUUUGGAACAAUCACACCAGUUUUCGGUACAAAAAUUGAAAAUAAAAAGAAAACCAGAAAAUAAAAUGUAGAAUUUAAUGGAUUUUGUAGUUAGAAAUAUUUUAGGGGAUCAAAGAAAUGAAAAGAAAUUUGUUUCAAAUGUUGAAAAGUUAUUUUUGUUUAAAUUGAAUGAAUAAAAAAACAAAACAAAUAAAAAGAAGAAAAGACAAAACAGAACCAAACACUUCUAUUUAGAGAGACUACAUUCACGGACAAAUAAUGAAAAAAAAAUAAAGUUAAAAGAAAUUAAUUCGUUGAUUUCCUAUUUGGGCUCGCAACAGGUCAGAUUCAGUUCAUGAACAUUUUUAGUUCAACACCGUCUCGUAGAAUGCUAUGCAAUAAAUCGAGGCUGGCAUGAUUUGUAGUCUGCAUCAGUGAUUUUCCGUUGCACAGCACAGCACAAUUACAUAGCAAAGCAAAAAUGUCCUCUGAUGUGUUAACACAAAACUUCAUUCAAAAUUUUUCUUCACAAAUGAAAUUUGUUGUUGCAAUUCCCUCUCUAGCAAACAAACUUCAUUUUGAC